AUGGCAGUUUACUCAUGUGAACAAUGCGAAACUAGUUUCCCAAAACUUAACCAGCUUUUACAACACAGAAGAACGACGAACCAUUGGAAGCAUAGGUGCGAAUCGUGUAAGAAGUCUUUCUCAAGAAAACAGAAUUUUGAAAGGCAUCUUCAAAAACACAACAACGAGAACAACCAGCACUGUCCCGAGUGUCUCAAAGUGUUUACGAGAGAGGAUGCAUUAAACGAACAUCUACAUCGAGAACAUGGUUGGCCCAGGGCUAAACGUGCUCUAUAUAACCAGGAGGGAGGUGGGGCAGCAAAACGACAGAAGUUAGCCGAAAAUCCAGCGUCUUUUUACAACAUUGAGAAAGUUGGUGAUCACUUCAUGAAAAGAAGAUUGAAAAGUUCAGAAGUACGGCUACCUACUACAAAGUUGAUAUUAAAGACUUGGAGGUUGAUGGGCUGCCCAAUAUUUUAA